AUGCUGUCUUCGUCCGUCGGAGGUGUGUACGAGGCCGAGGCGCGCAAUGAGUUGAACGGCUGGGAAAGACAGGUUGUUGGUGGUGGUGGUGGAGCGCGCAAGUCGGCUUGGCAGAGGCGUGCCGCACCUACUCUACACAACAUCUCUGAGCGCCGACUCCCACUGGGCACUCCAGCAGAUCGUUUGCUUCUGCGUCCCUCGAGACCUAAACCCCCUUUCAACCACAUCAACGUCGUCAAGGCCGAAGAUUUGGACCGCACAAGAACCCGUCAGGAACCUGCUUCAUCACAUGUUUCUUCUUCCUCCGGACCCUCGCCCAAAUCUUCAAGAAGACAUCUGGACUCUGACGACUCUGGCAAGAUGCAUGAUCGUGAUUUUGGUGCCGAUGACCAGGUUCGUCUUGCUGAACUGGCGACUGCCCGGCUUGAGAGACAGAGCAAACGAAUCAUCGAGAACGAUCCGACCAUCCCUAUCAGCAAGCUCGUUCAUCCUAGGGUGGCACGGAAGAAAGUGUCCAAGAACUGGCAAGAUCCCGACUACCCAGAUUCAAGCGAUGGUGAUGUGACCUCGACAAGUCGUGCGUCCAGAAAGGGAAGCCCGUUUGAUGUUCACGCCAAAGUAUUCCGACCAGGCUCACGCGACAGCUCUGAUUCCCACAGCCUUGAGGCGCCUCGAAAGGAUUCUGCCACUUUCAGUGCAGAUGACGGAGACUUCCAACUCGUCACUAGCAAGAGGACCAAACCCUUACCUAGACCUGCCGUUGGUCUCAACGCGCGCGAGGUCAAAUCUGUUGAAACAUCGUCUACUAUCGCUGUCUCCUUCAACAGACAUGAAAUCAACGAAGUCUUUGGUAACGACCUUCCGCCCCUUACCUAUUUCCAAGGCAAUGUUGGGAACAAAGAUGGUCAAGUUGGAUUCGCAAUGCAUCCCAACGGUGACAUUUCUGCUCAGCAGUGGUCACAGUCUGAUUACCAAUGGUUCAACAUCGGUCAAUUCUCCAACUCUCGCAGGCGUACUGAGGGCACUCUCGCUUCGCAUCGACUCAAAGGCGAGAACGAACUACAUUCACUUCUCCAGCACAGUCUUUGUUAUUUCAGGGCGGUUGCGAAGCAGCAUGAGGCGUCUUCUAUGAAGCUGCCGUUCGGUCCGAAGGAGUUGCAAGCAUAUAUGCCUAAGGUAUCUAUCAACCGUCCUGUGCGAAAAGUGGCAGUCACACCUGUUACCAAAACUCCGACCGAGUCGGAAUCUGAACGACCCCUUCCUGAGACAAAGCAGAAGGCUCGUACGCCAUCACUCGGACCAACAACCGAGCCUUGGGCACAAGGUUAUGCCUCCCGUGCUCGUAGCAAGUCAAAAUUGUCCGGUACACCCGUCGCACCGCCUUCUAGCAACCUUUCCUUGCAGAACGACUUCUUGCCCUCAACUACGAAUUUCAGUGCUGUGCCGAACAACACACUCAACCAAUGGCCGUACAGCUUGACUGCUCUCAAUAAUCUGUCCUUCGGAGCAUACCCUAGGAACAGAGACCACGAUGCCCCUGACAAGCCUAUUCUACUCCCGACUCUUACAGGACCUACCGCGACGCCCGUAAGUGUAAUUGAGAGUAGUCAAUAUCUGAAGUCGUUUCUUCCAAAGAAUGUGCCACAGACGGUCACCUCACAGCUCGAUACGUCCGUUUCUACGAGUGGCCUGAACUUCUCGAGUUUUUUCGAAAAGACACAACCCCAAACUGAUUCAUCUGGAAGAACACCCACAUCUUCUCAGCGCAGUUUCACAAAGGCAUGUCUGGACAAGAUCUUCGACACCGCUGCAUCUCGCAACACGAACAACAGUACAGCUGCUCGAACUGUCCUUCACGAUCCAUUCCAAAGCCAAUCUCCCACGAUUUCUUCGAUCACCAAGCAAGAUUCUGAAGUGAAGCAUUAUGACACCACCUGGUCAAAUAUUCCAAUUGGCGAGGCAGCCUCGAGUUGCAUUGGUCACGCGUCCUCUUCUACUAGCAACGACGAUCCUGUCUUUGAUCCUCGUGUUAGCGAGCCCGAGCCUGUAUCCAAACCUAAAGUGAUUGAGAUCGUUGACAUCAGCCUCCCACACAUGACGACUGAGGAGCUUGCCAUCUAUUCGAGACCGAGUCCCCAGAACUUCAAUGGCCCGUUCUUUAUGGGUAGCUCUGGCGUCCCGAGUGAAGCUAGCAGAAAAAGCCAUGAGCAGGAGCUUCACGAUUGGUUCUAUAGUGGACUUACAAUCAUCGAGCGUCAAAAUGAACACUUCGAGUAUAUCAGAACAGCACAUAAUCAAGGCAUCACGCAAGCAAAGGUCAAUCCUGGACCCAUUGGGACACCUUCCACUCGUUCUAUGUCGAGCAAGAAUCCAGAACCAGAACCAUUCAACGAAGUCACAACACGCCUGUUUCUAAGUGUGCAUGAGAGCCUCUCACAAUACACUCAAGGUCCGGUUGAACAGCGUCGCGGAUAUCUUGCUCCAUUCUGCGAUCCACCUGAGUGGUGUAUCGACAAGAGCGUAAAUGGCAACAACAGCUUCUUCGGCGAGGAUUGGAGCCAACCCCCUGAGCGCAUCAGUCGAGACUCGCGCUACAGACCUCUACCCUUUGAGGGCAAAUUUGGUGCUUACGAUGGGCACCGCGGUGUUGGUGCUAGUAGUAUCCGCCCCUCCUUGGGACGAAUCAGAUUCGGCUCCGGCUUGCAGUACUGA